AUGAAUAAAGUUAAUUCAGUAUCAUCCGUGGAAAGCAAAAAACAUAACAUCCAUGAUAUGAUUGCUGCAAAAGUUAAUGAUGAUACAUCAUCGAGAGAUAAUACUGGCUUAGUCAUUGUUAGUAAGCAGCAUGCAAUAAAGAAGCCUUUAGUUAAAUUCACACUGUCUGCAGAAUCAAAUUCAGAAGAUGAAACGGUUUCCAAUUUAAGUGACAAUAGUCCGUCUUCACCUUUUCUAGUCAGAGGUAUCAGUGCGCAAAGGAUCUCUGAAAAGCCAAAUGAAAGCUCCUCAUCGCCUAGUUUAAGGCUUAAUCUAUCUGGAACUGAAUCAAUCUCAUCACCGGAAUGUAGCAGUUCACCAGAAAUUCGCUUUUCCUUUGGCAGGACGCGGAAGUCUUCAGGAGAGGGUUCUUCAGCUUCAACACCAGCAAGAUCAAGGAGGCAGACGUUCUGUGGAAUAUCAUAUUUGUCCAGAGGAAAUCUUGCCAGAGAUAAUAACAUAGAGGAUUCUGAAGAUAUGCAUUCAGUAUCCUCUUCAGACUUCUCUCCAGGAAGUACUCGUUCUAGUUUCGGUUUGGAAAAGUUCCAUGGUGCUGAUGAUCUCAGCGAUGAUACUUCUGUGGAUGGGAAGUUACGAGAAAGCACAGAUUUCAGUGAUGACCCUGAGGCUCGUAUUCCAGGGGAUCAGUUGAUGACAACUCCAGUGAACAGACAGCUGCGGAUUGUCACGUCAGUUGAUAGGGCACUCCGUCCCCACCGGAAAAUAUCUGCGUGCUCUCCGAAAAUCCUCAACCUUGGUCGGUCAUCGUCGGAAAAUUUGGAGCACAUCGCAUUUAUUGACUACCUCAAGAGACUGCGACUGGGCCAGUAUUUGAAACACUUCCCAUCGAAUAUGUCAAUGCUGGAUUUCAGACUGACCUCAGAGGAUGAAUUGAUUGAAGUCUAUGGUGUUCAAGAUCUCGAGGCUAGGAAAGCUCUACUACGGGCCAUCGACACCGCCAGAGAUGAAGAGGAAAGCGACACAGAUUCAUGG